UAUACUUUGCUACGUACAUUUCAAUUUAACAUAACUAUACAGCAAAUAUGAAGUUUCUUUUACUGCUAGUGGUUGUUCUGUGUUUCGGCCAAGUGUCUGUGGCAUCAGUGGUAAAGAAGAACCAUGUACAAGAAAAAACUUACAUAGUCCACAUGGCGAAAUCCCAAAUGCCGUCGAGUUUCCGCGACGACAGUACUCUAUGGUACCGAUCAUCGCUCAAAUCGGUGUCCAACUCAGCCGAGAUGCUCUACAAGUACAACAAUGUUGUGCAUGGGUUCUCGACGAGGUUGACACCGGACGAAGCCCAGUCGAUGAAAACACAACCCGGGGUUGUCUCCGUGUUGGACGAAGUGAAGUACGAGCUUCAGACGACUCGGACGCCUGAGUUCCUCGGCCUUUACCAGAGCACUGAUUUGCUCCCCGGCUCCGACUCGGUGAGUGAUGUUAUCAUCGGAGUGUUGGAUACCGGCGUCUGGCCAGAAAGCAAGAGCUUCAACGACAGCGGAAUGGGGCCUGUUCCUAGGAGUUGGAAGGGGGUAUGUGAGUCUGGCACCAAUUUCACUUCAUCCAACUGUAAUCGCAAGCUGAUUGGAGCAAGGUAUUUCUCUAAAGGCUAUGAAGUCUUCAUUGGUCCAAUCAACGAAACACUGCAAUCAAAAUCGCCAAGAGACGACAUCGGUCACGGGACACACACAUCAACCACAGCAGCCGGCUCAUCCGUCGCCGGUGUCAGCCUAUUCGGCUAUGCCCCCGGAACCGCGCGGGGAAUGGCCUCGCGUGCGAGGGUCGCAGUGUACAAGGUGUGCUGGCUCCUCGGCUGCGUCGCCUCCGACAUAUUAGCAGGGAUGGACAAAGCCAUCGAGGAGAGGGUCGAUGUCAUCUCCCUAUCUAUCGGUGCCUUUGCGCUUCCGUAUUACAUAGACACGAUUGCAAUCGGAGCCUUCGCCGCAAUGGAGAACGGAAUAUUCGUCUCUUGCGCUGCCGGUAACUUGGGUCCCUAUCCAGCUACUCUCCUCAACGUUGCGCCGUGGAUCACCACCGUCGGUGCUAGUACCUUGGACCGUGAUUUCCCGGCAUACGUUAGUCUCGGAAACGGAGUGAAAUUCUUCGGUGCGUCAAUCUACAAAGGUCCCUCGUUGCCGAAGAACAUGCUACCCUUCGUUUAUGCUGGAAACGCGAGUAAUUGGAUGGACGGAAAUCUUUGUGGAGUGGGCUCCUUGAUGCCUGAAAAAGUUCGUGGUAAAAUUGUGCUUUGCGAAGGUUGGAUACUUAACAGGGCAGAGAGUGGGAUAGCGGUGAAAGAAGCUGGUGGGUUUGGGAUGGUUUUUGUCAACUUGGUGGCUGACACGAGGGAACAAAUAGCAAUAGCCGAUCAACUGCCGGCUACGACGGUGGGAAAGACGGCCGGCGACAAAAUAAAGAGUUACCUGUUUUCAGAUCCCAAUCCGAGGGCCACGAUUGUUUUCGAGGGAACCGAACUGGGGAUCAAGCCGUCGCCGGUAGUUGCGGGAUUCAGUUCAAGGGGGCCGAACCCGAUUACGCCGGAAGUACUCAAGCCUGACCUGAUGGCGCCCGGCGUUAACAUCAUUGCGGGUUGGUCAGGAAAAGCGGGACCCACACAGGCUGCAUCAGACGACAGGCGCGUGGAGUUCAGCAUAGUCUCUGGCACUUCGAUGGCGUGCGCCCAUGUCAGUGGCCUCGCCGCGUUGCUCAAGGGGGCCCACCCGCAGUGGAGCCCCGCUGCGAUUCGCUCGGCCCUAAUGACCACUGCAUACACGACGUACAAAGAAGACGGCCAACCCUUUUUAGAUGGUGCCGAUGAAAAGCCGUCUACGCCAUUCGGUCACGGCGCUGGGCAAGUGGACCCUGUAAAAGCACUCGACCCUGGACUCGUCUACGAUUUGGACGUUCUUGAUUACUUGAGCUUCCUAUGUGCCUUAAAUUACACCGCAUCGGAGAUUAACAGAGUAACCAGGAGUAACUUCACUUGUGACCCAAAAGUCAAAUACAGUGUUACUAAUGUCAACUAUCCUUCCUUCGCUAUACCUCUCCAAAGUGGUGGCAGCGGCAACGGGUCUACAAUACUGAAAUAUACAAGAACACUUACGAAUGUUGGACCAGCGGCGACCUACAAUGUGUUUGUUAAUAUGCAAAAUGAGUCGGUUAAGAUUAUAGUCGAGCCGAGUUCGUUAACUUUUAGUCAAGUGAAUGAUAAGAUGUCGUAUACGGUGCAGUUUACUGUUAGUUCACUGCCAAUAUUGAAUUCAUUUAGCUAUGGAAGUAUCAAGUGGUGUGACGGAAAGCACGUUGUUAGAAGUUCGAUUGUGAUUAGCUGGAGAUGAUCAAUUGGAGUAGGAAAGGGAUUGUGAUUAGAACUCUAGAUGCAGCUUCUCUUUGAUUGAUUUCAAAUUCAAGUGAUCCUUUAGAAGAUUUGAGCUACUAGCUAGGGGUGUCCCAGCAAAGCAGGGUUGUAACAAAACAAUAAUUCCAUGGCAGGAGAACGACUGAAUUUUUUCGUAUCUUGGUUGUACUUUCGAGUUAUGUCGAUGCGAAUUGUGGACAAAAUGUAUUUGCCUUGUUGGGAUGUUAUGUAGCUCAAUGUAUGAAUCAUAUUGAAAGAUUUUGAAAUUUCCCACCC